AUGGACCCUCAAAGAGAAGAUCAUAGACAUCUUCCUGAUAUCAUUGUAGAGCAACACAAAGCAGCGGCAGGCAUUUGAUUUUCAACAGGAAGAAGGAGCCUGCUGCAGGCAGGGAGAGGCAGCAGCUCUGUACAGCUACAGCAGAAAGGAACCUUUAUCCAGUCUGUCUAACUUUCUCUCUGAAGACCGUCAUCCUGUGAAUCAAAAUGAGCCAACCAAGAACUGAGGACUGGACAGGAGAAGAUGUCCACCGUUGGCUCAUGACAAAAGUCAAAGUUUCUCAGAGUUGUGCGGACAGAUUUAUUGAAGAGGAGGUGUCAGGAGAGUAUUUGGUCUCCUUUGAAAAGAAAGACAUUCUUGAUUUAGGAAUCAAACAUGGUCCUGCUGUAAAGAUCGCAUGUUAUCUGAAAAGUUUGACUGAAGGAAGGGAGCAUCAGUCAGAAUAUCCUGCGUAUGUGGAAUCCUGGUCAAAGGAUCAGGUCAGCCAGUGGUUAACGGAGCAUGUGAAGAUUUACAGCAAAUACGCACAACAACUUCUGAAUGAAGAUGUUUCUGGAGAUUGCUUGAUUUGCUUUAUGAAGCAGGACUUUCUGGACCUCGAGGUGAAAAGUGGUCCUGCUGUGAAGAUUCUAGCUCAAAUGAAAAAGCUGAAUAACGAACAAGAACCAUUGCUGCAACCAAGCACUCAGACCAGUGUCGGCCAGGCAGAAGGAGAUACAUGCGUUGGACUUGAGAGCAACCUGCCUCAUACACUAGAAAAUAAACAGGACAUACAGGAAAAAACUGGAUCACAAGGUCCCUCCAAGAGAACUUCAAUCAAGACAGAAGAGAAGAGAACAGAACCAGAACCUUUUGGACCAAAGCAUAAAGUUGCAGUGGUCAAUCCCCAGCCACAAUCACCACAGACCACCAUAAUGAUUAAAAACAUCUUGGAUGACCUCCUGAAAGAUGACUUAAAAAACUUCCACUUCCAUUUAUCAGAAUAUACAAAAUCUAAAAGGAAACUUAUUCCUCGUGGAAAACUGGAAGGCAAAGACCCUAUGGACACCGCCCAGAUACUGACUGGUCAUUAUGGAGGUCAAGAGGCUUUACUGGUCACAAAAGACCUUCUGCAAGAAAUUAACCAGCGUGAACUGGCUCUCCAGCUGGAAAAAAGCAUAGGUCAGCUGGAACAGCCAUGUCUUUCCAGAGACAUCAUGAAGAAAGAAGCUAACCAAGGUGAUAAACUAAAGAACCUAUUGACAUGUGGUGGGGACUCUUUGGAGAGUUAUAACAGUUUUGUUAUAGUUGUUAACAAAAGCAAUCCACAACAAGUUCAAUACCUCAGUUUUCUAAGUAAGUUAAAACUGUUCUGUGUGUUGGACUUUGACCCAAACUCUGUAGCUGAAGGUGGACUGUGUCAUUCAUACAGAGAGUUGAGGGUGGCUAAUCUGCAUUUGCCAACACAAUUUCAGGGACAUACUGAAGCUGUUAUAAAGGAGCUCAACCUUUACCUCCAGACCAGCUGGGUCUUCUGUAAUGGGAGAAAUGACCUUGAUGAUUGCAGAGAGUUAGACUAUCGAACCUGGCUGAGGAGGUCUUGCAAAGAUUUGGAACAGUUGGUUUCUUUAAUCUGCAACCCUGAUGUUUUGCUCCAUGGAAGAUACCUUGUUAUCUUCCUUCUCCUUUCCCCCGUGCACUCAGAGAAAGACCCGGUCCUUGACACUUACAUGUCUUUUAUUAAACACAUAGAUGAGAGUAACAUCAUAAGCAUUUGUGAAUCUCAGAAAACAUAUUUAGAAUGGAGGGAACUUAUAAAAAGAAAGUGUGACUUUGACAUUGAACAUUUCUCCAUAAAUGAGCUAAGUCUAAGUGAGAUCAAUGGAACCAUAAUGGGGCUUGGUCCUGUCACUCAGUCAUCUACAAGGCUGCUUCCUUCUUCUGGUUCCAGUGCUGUUGUCCUGAAACAAAAGGAUGAAGAUCUAUUGACAGCUCUGGAUGUUUUAUGCCUGAAUCAGUGUGAAAAAAUAUAUGAAGAGAGAAGUUCAGAGUUUCAUGACUUCAGAAAAACAGUCGAGGAGGAGUUCUACAGAGGAGCCAAAGUGAGAUGGUGGAACUUUUAUUUCUGUGACAAAAACACAGAGAAGCCAUUUAUCAAGAGAGAAAAGUAUGAACAUGUGAAGAAAAUGAUCAGAUCACAGAGGACAUAUUCAAGCAACACCUGUGUGCUUUUAACAUUGUUUCAUGACCCAGGAUGUGGUGGUACCACCCUAGCAAUGCAUGUGAUGUGGGACCUCCGUAAGGAGUUCAGGUGUGCUGUUUUGAAAGACAACACGGUACCAAAAACAGAGGUGGCCAACCAGGUCCGACAUCUGAUGAAGCUGGAAAGUGAGAAACCAUCCCCGGUUCUGCUUUUGGUUGAUGACUCAAAGGAGACGGACAAUCCUUUUGACCUGCUGAUCUGCAUCCGCCAAGCUGUAGAGGAUCUUUCAGACAUUCAUUUGGAUGAUGCUCCUAACUGUAAAGUUAUCAUCUUAAACUGUGUACGUUCCCACGACCCCAAAGAGCAAUACAGAAAAAACAAUCAAACCCAAAACCAGUACCUAACUGCCAAACUGACACCACAAGAGCAGAAAGAGUUUGAAAAGAAGCUUAAAGAGCUAAAGGAAACCCAUGACAAACCUGAAAACUUCUACAGCUUCAUGUUCAUGAAAAACAAUUUUGACAGGAAAUACACAGAAAACCUUGCUCAUAACACGCUGGAGAACUUUGACUUCAGCACCAAGGAGGGUAAACUCCUCUCCUUUCUGGCCCUACUCAACACGUAUGUCACAAAGUCAGAGAUGGCACUUUCUCUCUGUGAGGACUUUUUUCAGAUGAAGAUGGUCCGCUGGAAAGACGACUCUGUUUUGGAUCGAAUGAAGCCCUAUUCCAACUUUCUUAUCAUAGAAUCAGUUGAUGAAUGGGGCGGAUACAAAGGAAUACGGAUCCUUCAUCAUGCAAUAGCAUCUGCCUGUCUGGAAGAGCUGGAGAGAAGUCAUGAUCUAAAGGCUAGUGACAUUGUCAUGGAAAUCCUCCAUUAUGAUCUGUUCUUCAGUGAUGGAGUUGUUAAACAUAGACUGAUGCGUUCAGUUAUACGAAUGUUAGUAGAAAGGCAACUGAAGAAAAAUGGAGAAGAGAGGGAACUUUUUUCUCCUCUCAUUGACAAAAUCCACAGCCAGCAAGGGAGACAAAAAGUCCAAGAAAUCUUUGUUAAAGCCUCGUCCAGGUUUGAGAAAAAAUUAUCCAUCCCUCAGGCACUGGCAAGAUAUUUGUACAUCAAUGUGAAGGACUUCCCAGAGGCCAUAAAAUGGGCAGAGAAAGCUAAGAACAUUAAAGAAAACCCCUAUACCUUCGACACAAUUGGGGAAAUCCACAAGAGCAAUCUGAGGUUCAACAUUAACAAAGAAAAACAGGUAGGGUCGCACAACCCAGACAAUCUGCUCACAAACAUUGAAAUAGCCAAGAAUGGCUGGAAAGCUUUCCAAAGGGCUCAGGAACUGGCAGACAUGGAAAAUGAAAUAGAAGAAGAAGCUCCUGACGAUGAGUCAGAGGAUUAUCCCAGGAAUUCCUACAAUAUUAAAGGCUAUGUGAAAAUGCUGGAGAUCUACUUCCUGGUCUUUGAGAUUCUGAGCAGGUUACCAUUCUUCGAAGAACAUGAUCCAAUGAAAAAACACUACUUAAGAAGUUUUCUUAACGGACAGUUCCCAAUCAGCAACGUUCACAAAGAGAACAGCGACUGCAACAACAGAUGUGUUGAGAUCAUUAAAGAACAUGAACUGUUCCUGGUCAAAAGGAAAGAGAUCAAAGAAAUCUUUGAUCUCUUGAACAACAACUUUACCUACAUAAAGCAGAACUCAGAACUGGAUGCAAUAAACCUAAGGAUAGUGAGUAAUCAUUUUAAGAAAUAUGUGGAUCUGUUUUGUUCCACACAAGAAGAAAUGAAAAAGGAAAAGGAAAACAAAACAACUCUCAGUCGAAAAUUGGAGGUUGAAGAUCGUAAACGAUUCCUGGAGAAGAACCAAGCAGAUACUUUCUCAGGAAUCCUUCAGUACUUGGACAAACCUGCUGAGGAGAUGGAGCAAAUAACAGAUUGCUAUGCAUUUAUACUGCAAAAUGAUACCAAUGAACGAAAUGUUAAAACAAAAAUCAAUUACAUCAUGGCCAACAUAGUCCUUCACCACCUAAAACCUAAAUCCAAACAUGUAAAGAAAUACAAAGAACUCUGCACUCUGCUUCAAGAGGUUCUCCAAGAUGUGGGACUUCGAUAUCCUUUCCCAGAUCCAUACUUUCUUGCUCAGUUGCUAUUCUGGCCAAGCCCUACAGAAGAAAACAUUGAUGACAUAACUAAAUAUGUUAAAGCAAUUCGAAAGUCUUCUCACAAGCACCUGUCUAAGUUGCUUCACAAAAGGAGCACUGUCGCCUACUUCUACUUAGGUCAAGAAGACGGUCUGAGGGGGCUGGUUUCAAAGCCAUCACUGGAUAAGAGUUUUCUUCCAAAGAUGAAUAGAGAUGUUUUAGCACAACUUUGGAGAGAUGGAGACAUAUUUAAGGAAGAGGCCAUCAAAAGCCGCCUAUACAGGGUGAAGGGAACCAUUGAACAGGGGGAGGUUUACGCCAACUAUCGCAAACAGAGGAUCCCAGUGCGCACAGCUCGUACCAGUGCAAUUAGAAGUGGCUUCAGCACUGAGAAGGUCUCCUUCUACAUUGGAUUUGCCAUUAAUGGACCCUUGGCAUAUAACAUUAAAUAUGAAAACUAGAAAUGAGCGCAUUAUGAUCUGAAAAUAUAUAAACUGAACAUGUAUAAUGAGCAAAAAGAAUUAAGUCUUAAUCAACAAUCUUUGGUAAGUUUUGAAUGGGUUCACAGAGGACCACUUACAAUGGAACUACAGGUUUCUCUUCUGUCUACUUUCAAUUGUCUGGGUGCUUUUAACAGAGAAUUAAUAACAGAGUUAGGAAGCAGCUCCAACCUCUAUGCUAUUCAUUUGAGCAUUUUAGACCAAACUACGAAAUGUGGGCAGUGUACAGUAAUGUUCAGAUCAUUGUUGUGUAAUGUUGUCUUGGUCAUGUUUUUCAAUUUCAGAAACAGGUUUUAAAUAAAAGCAAAGAGCCUUUUCACCCUAUUAUUUUUUUAAAGAACCUGACCUCUCAGUUUAUUACUCUUACAUGAAGCUUUUUUUUUAAGUUUUUUUUUACAGCACUAGUGGCUGUUUUUUUUUUUUGGACGGUAGGCUAACAGGAAAGGGGGUAUGAGAGAAGGGGAGAGACAUGCGGCAAAGGACCACAGGUCAGAUUCGAACCCUGGUCCCCGCGUCAAAAUCUAAGGCCUCCAAACACGGGUCGUGUGUGCUAACCACUGUGCCACCAAAGCACGGCCAUUACAAUAAGCUUUGCAUGAUUGUACACAUAUUGGACAACAUCUCACCUGGCUAAAUAACCAUAUAUCUGUUUCAGAAUUAAGGUAAAAAAAAUUGUGAAUUUAUUAAUUGUAUUCAUUUUUUCUGUAUUUUUAAGUGCAAAAUCAGUGUAAAAUCAUGUCAUUGUGUAAUAAAGUCACUUUAAAUCAUUC